GAUACGGUGUUGAGCAUGGCCAGGUCCCUGGUGGGCGGCGCCCUCAGCAAGGCAGCUUCUGCCGCCGCGGACGAGAUGAGCCUUCUCAUGGGCGUGCGCAAGGAUAUCUGGUUCAUCAAGGACGAGCUAGAGACUAUGCAGGCAUUCCUGGUGGCUGCUGAAGCAAUGAAGGAGAAAGACCUGCUACUCAAGGUGUGGGCAAAGCAAGUGAGGGACCUGUCCUACAAUAUAGAAGAUUGCCUUGGUGAAUUCAUGGUGCAUGUAGCGAGUCAAAGCUUGUCACGGCAGCUGAGGAAGCUCAAAGAUCGACAUCGAAUCGCCAUGCAGAUCCGUGAUCUCAAAUCAAGAGUUGAAGAAGUGAGUAAUAGAAACAUACGCUACAACUUGAUUGACAAGAACCAAGUCCUCGCCAAAGCCAUUGAAGAGAGGGAGUCUUGCAUGGAAGAUAUUCGCAACCAGUCAGGUAGCAACAUCAAUGAAGCUGAACUUGUGGGGUUUUCCAAGCCAAAAGAAGAGUUGAUAAAGCAUCUAAAUGUCCAUGUCAGAACCGGCCCUCCUCAGGUAGUAUGUGUGGUCGGCAUGGGUGGUUUGGGUAAGACUACUCUUACAAGGAAGGUUUAUGAAAGUAUGGAAAACUUUUCAUGUUGUGCUUGGAUCAUUGUCUCGCAGUCAUUUGUCAGGAUGGAUUUUCUGAAAGGUAUGAUCAAACAACUUCUUGGAGAUCUUGCAUUGAAGAACCUACUUGAAGCGAAUGUAGUGCGAGAGGAUAGCCUCGCCGAAUACCUUAGAGAAGAGCUGCUUGAGAAGAGGUACUUUGUUGUUCUUGAUGAUUUAUGGAACUUAGAUGAUUGGAAAUGGAUCCAAAGUAUUGCUUUAGCUAGAAGUAACACCAAAGGUAGCCGGAUAGUGGUAACAACACGAAAUGUUGGUUUAGCUGAGGAGUGUACUUUGGAAUCUUCUGGACCAAUUAUCUACCACCAUGAACCCCUACAAACAAAUGAUGCCAUAAAAUUGCUUCUAAAGAGUACUAGGAAAAGUGAGGAAGACAUGAAAAAUCAUCAGAUGAAGAAAAUAGUCACUAAGAUAAUAAAAAAAUCUGGGCGGUUACCCCUAGCUAUACUCACAAUUGGAGGCAUGCUUGCCACUAGAAUGAUUAGUGAGUGGGAAAGUAUUUAUGACCAGAUUCCGUCGGAGCUAGAGAGUAACCGAAGCCUUGAAGCCAUGAGGAGGAUGGUUACUCUUAGUUACCACCACUUGCCUUCUCAUCUCAAGUCAUGCUUUCUGUAUAUAAGCAUAUUCCCUGAAGAUUUCGUAAUCAAAAGGAGACGUCUAGUGGAAAGAUGGAUAGCCGAGGGGUUUGUUAUUCCUAGGGAUGGAGUGAGUGCUGAUGAUGUUGGGAAUAGUUACUUUAAGGACCUAAUAUACCUAAGCAUGAUCCAACCAUCAGAAGUGAACAUAGAAGGGAUUGUAAAGGCCUGUCAAGUUCAUGAUAUCGUUCGCGAUGUUAUGAUCUCGAUUGCUAGAGAAGAAAAUUUUGCAUGCUCCACAUGGAAUAGUGCAACUGGAAUAGCAGGGGAUAACUUCCGUCAUGUAGCAUACCAAGGCAGUUGGUGCCCAAAUAAAGGAUUGGAUUGGAACCAUGUCCGAUCAUUUACUGUGUUUGGUGAGAGACCCAUGAAGCCAACACCUUCAAUGUGUUCGCCCGACUUCAAGAUGCUUAGAGUCUUGGAUUUAUGUGAUGCCAAGUUUGACAUCACACAAAAAGAUAUCAAUUCCAUAGGAAUGUUGCGUCAUUUGAAAUAUGUCAGCUACAAGGGUCGCAAACAUGGGACAGAAUCAUAUGUUUAUAAACUCCCAAGAUCCAUUGGGAAGCUACAAGGGUUGCAAACAUUGGACAUAAGAAUUAGUUCUGUGGCAUCACUACCAACUGAAAUCACUAAACUGGCAAGCCUUCGUAGCCUCCGUUGUAGCAAAAGAAGUGUUUACAGCAAUUUGUACAAAACUUACCCUUUGGUGUGGUUAGGCUCCACAUUUUGUCUGCCUAAUAUGUAUACUCGUCUUAUUUAUUCUGACAAUCCUCUGAAGAUUACAACGUUUGUACACAUGGCCUGGACUGGCCGUUUGUCAAACUCUGAAGGUGUGAGAGUGCCCAAAGGGAUCAGCAAUCUAAAGGAGUUAGAAAUACUAGAAGUUGUAGAUGUUGAGCGAACUUGUAGGAAAGCAGUUAAAGAGCUCGGGGAGCUUAUAAAGCUAAGGAAGUUAAGUGUGGCACUAGGGGCAAGUCAGCAAAAGAGCAAGAUAAUUUGUGCAUCCAUUGAGAAGCUCACUUACCUCCGCUCUCUUAAUAUUAGUGCGGAUUAUUAUUCUUGGAGAAGCAGGGCAUCCCUCAAGUGCUUGCAUUCAAUUUCCACUGCCCCCCCUCUCCUGAGGACGCUGAAGUUGAAAGGUGAUCUUGGGGAGAUGCCUGGCUGGGUUAGCGUUCUGGUACAUUUGGUAAAGAUCGAUUUAGUGGAUACCACUCUGACGGACGGAGAUAAAUGCCUAAACAUACUAGGGGCACUGCCCAACCUCAUGCACCUUCGUCUUGAUUGGAAAUCUUAUGUUGGAGAGAAACUUGUUUGGGUUUUGAGAGAGGAAACAUUCACAAAUCUCCGGAAACUUGUUAUGUGGAACCUGAUGAUGCUGAGCGAGUUGAUAUUUGAGGUGGGCACCUCGCCCCACUUGAAAAACAUUUUAAUCGUUAUUGGCCACCUGGAAUCAGCGAUUACUGGUAUCAAAAACCUUCCAAUGUUGAAGGAAAUUACACUUUUUGUCCAUGCUGAAGUGGCGAGGCUUGGUGUGCUGCAACGUGAAGUGGACACACACCCGAACCAUCCUAUUCUGCGGCUCCAGAUGGACGGGAUCAAGCAAGACCUGGAUGCUGUCGUCCUCCAAGGAUCCACUACUGCGGUACAAGCAGAAGAAGCAACAGCGGGGGAGAACUCAUACCCGCAGGUGCCGACGGGGAGCGACAGGUUUUGGAGUGGUAUUCUGUACAUAUCAGUCAAGAAUCAUGAUGGAAUGAACCUGACACCGAUGCGGUAG